AUGGACGCAAAGGAAAUCGAACUUAAGGCCAAGGCCUUAACGAAGGCCGCAACGCAGAACGAACCUUCAGCAAAUAUUGUGCCACUGCUUAAAGAACUGCAACAGGGUGUGAAGGCGACUGAGGAUCUGCUACGGUCCACCCGAGUGGGGAUCAUUGUAAACAAGUUCAAACAACACAAAUCACCCGAUGUCGCCCGGUUGUCUAGCGAAAUCGUCUCCAAGUGGCGCAACGAAGUCAACAAGCAAAAAGCCGGCGGAUCGCCCAGUGCCAGCCAGCGGUCGAGUGGAUCACCGCGCCCAGCACAGAAUGGAACCGCAUCGCCUGCCGGGACGACACCGUCAGACAAGACAUCGAAACUGUCGGUUCCGCCGGAUCGACGCUCGUGGAAGGCAGACAGCGUGGACAUCAAUCAGACGGGAAACAAGAUUCGGAACAGCUGCAUUGGGCUGAUGUAUGAUGGACUGUCUCUGAACUCGACGGAGUCGCCGCGAUCCGUCCUGUCCAAGGCGUCGGCUGUAGAGGCGGCUGCAUACGCAGUAUAUGGACCGGAGACCAAGGAACAAUACCGCACCAAGAUCCGCAGCUUGUACCAAAAUCUCAGGAACAAGUCGAACCCGACCCUCCGAGUGCGUGUGCUCGGCAACGAGGUGACGCCCGAUCAGUUCGUCAAGAUGACGCACGAUGAGUUGCGAUCGGCGGAGCAGCGCGAACAGGAUCGCAGGAUCCAAAAGGAGAACAUGGACAAGGCCAUGGUGGCACAAGCAGAACGCAGCAUCAGUACUAGUCUGCAGUGUGGUAAAUGUGGACAGCGCAAGGUCACGUACACGGAAGCUCAGACACGCAGUGCAGACGAACCAAUGACGCUGUUCUCGUUCUCAACCUCCGCGCUUCUGUCCAACUUCACCAGCUCGAUCACGAACCCGACCAUCGUCAUCGAGCACGGCCCCCCGGAACUACUGCCCUACUUCGGGCGCAAAUCCACCGGCCCCGAUGCCAUAGUCACGUACUUCGGUCUCAUUGCGGAGCGCGGCCCUCGAGAACGUGGCGUGGGAGGACGAGAAGCAGUGGUUGGUGGAUGA